CUGGUCUUAAUGCAGAAAUCCCAGUUUAUGAAGGAGUGGUGGGAGGAAGCAUCACAGUUGAAUGUCGUUUUUCUUCCACUGGAGGAAAGAAGUACGUCUGCAGAAGCCAAUGUAAAGACAUUCUCAUUAAAACAAAUAAGAACAGAGAGAAUAACGACAGAUACAGCAUCAUGUUUCAAGACAGACCGUCUGGUGGAGGAGAUCUGCAUGUGACCAUCACACGGCUGACACAGUCUGACUCAGGGCGGUAUGGAUGUGGUCUUGACAAGUUAUGGUCAAAAGACCCAUACAGAGAGUUUGAGAUUAUUGUCACAAAUGCUCCAUCUACUUCAAAACCAACUUUGACUCUUGGACCUUUGUUAACAUCAGUCCCUUCAGCCUCCACACCAACAACACAGAGUUUAAGAAGUAGCACCACAGCUUCUUCCACUGAGCAGCAGCAGACUGAGAGAGCUGGAGGUUCAGUUCAAACUACCACAGGUGUGCUGCGGUACCUGGGUCUGACUGUAGUCGCACUGAUCCUGCUCUCACUGGGUGUGCUGAUACUGCGCCGGAAAAGAGCCACUAGACCCAAAGGACCUCCUGGGGAGACUGCGUACGCUGACAUCACAGAGGACAACCGAAUGUACGAGGAGAUCAGAGAGGACAGAAACAGCAGACACCCUCCUGUGGAAGUGUUUACGGUUUACGCCUGCGCCAAAUACACUGAACCAAACGCAGUCGAAACCCCAGACGACUACAGCUUGGUGACUGCCACUGCAGCCAUGUCUCAGAACAACGCUGAAGACGACUAGAUUUAAACUCGCCUUCUCUGAGGUGGUCAGCGUGCUCAACAGCGCCCCCUGUGGUACUGUUGGCAACGUCGUCUACUCUGUCCUGAAGCUUCGCCUCUUCUGUUCUCUGUGACUUUGCCUCAGCUGUAACUUCAACGCUGCUGCUUCCACAUUUACUUUCUCAGUGGCCAACAGGUGGCAGGCAAAACUAGUUACUGUAAAUCAUGUGAAGCGUUGGCUUUAUGUCACCAUGAGUGGUGACACCUGUUGUGACUGAUUUUUAGGUGAGGAAGAGAAGGGGGGAGGUCGAGAGAGAAAAAGCAGGGUGGGAACCACAGGUUGAAGAAAAAGAGGAAAUAGGAUAAUUUUAAGGAUGCCAAUAUGUACGUUACAUUUCUUUAUAAUUUCAGUUAAUUAGGCUGAACGUUAGUGUUUGUCUGCAUCUGUUUUUGUCAAUAUUCUAUUAUUAUCAUUAAUCUUAAAGGUAUCAGCUAUUUAUUUUGAAGGAAUCUGUUUUCUUUUUUAAGGGAUCUAAUUAUUUGAGUAUUAAAUUUUUUUUGUUAAUUUCAGAUUAUUAUAAGAAAAAUA